AUACGCCCGAUAAACCAGAGCUCACCCCAGGACGGGAGGUUUGGCAAGAUCUCACCGCAUAAGAUCGCGAGAAUCUAUGCGAAGGACCCUCAGAGUGUUACGCCCACGAAGGACGAACCGCUGUUGGCGAUUCCAGCAGAAUACCGAACACGAGAAUUCAAGGAACUGUUCGAGGAAAACGAAGCAACAGACUUAGCAGAACACCAGGAUUGGGAUCACGAGAUCAUCCUGGAGGAAGGAGCAAAGUUGAGCCUAGGAGGAAUGUACUCUAUAGCGCCCGAGCACGAUGCUGAGCUGCGGGAUUACCUCUAA